AUGUCAAUGUCAGCGUCAGACUCAGUGCUAUCAUCCCCUACCGCCCGUCGAGCUCUGGUGGAUCGACUGGGCCAAGAAGCAGAAAAUCAUGAAAAUACUAGCUCCAUCACUGCCAACGUCGGAACUCAAAGUUCGAAGGCUAUUGUCAGUCGUCUCCAAGGUUCGGAACGACGUGCCCGUCUGUCCAUGAUAAUGGAACGUAACGAACAGCCUAUUCAACAUGGUAGCCCCAUGCGUACAGGUAUAAAAGAGGAUGUGGAAAACGAAAUUAAGAGCGAAGGAAGUUCACUCCUUCCAGGCGGAAGACCGAAAGAAGACCAUGGCACUCUGGAAGAUUCUACUACGGGGUUGUCACAUAACCAUGCACCAAUUCCGCUCAAGAUAGCAUUACGUGCAAUUAUUCUGGAAAAGUCAGUUAGCGUCUUCUUGUUGCUUAUGCCCUUUGCAUACAUGGCGCACGCGUUCGGCUGGGGUGCCCGCUGGGUCUUCUGGCUCAAUUUUUGUGUCAUGAUUCCUUUGGCCUCUAUCCUUGGCGACUUUACCGAAGAGGCCGCUCUGCAUACGAGUGAAACGUUUGGUGGGUUGUUGAAUGCAACUUUUGGAAACAUGGUUGAGGUAGUGGUUGGAAUCCAAGCCCUUUUAGCCAAUGAAAUUCGAGUCGUACAAGGAAGUAUGUUGGGUUCUAUCUUUUCCAAUUUGUUGCUUGUCUUAGGAUGUUGCUUUUUUUUCGGCGGCCUGAAAUACAAGGAACAAACCUACAAUGCUACCAAUGCAUCGGCGAACAUUGGACUGCUAGCUCUGAGUAGCAUUGCUCUUGUUCUACCUACUCCAUAUGCUGCAUAUUAUGAAAUUCAUGACGAAGGUGUCUUGGCCAUCUCACGAUAUGCAGCAGUCUUUCUUUUGUUCAUGUACAUUCAACUAUUGGUCUUUCAAUUGUACACCCACAAUCAUCUCACCGUGGCCAGCUCAAGUGACAGCUCGAGCAAUGAAAAUGGCGGAGAUGAUGAAGAGGAAGAAGAGGAGGCUUCAAUCUCUUUGAGGGUCGCUCUAAUCGGUCUUCUUAUAACCACAUUGACAGUGACGGUAUUUUCUGAUUUCCUCGUGGCAAGCAUUGAUGAGUUUUGCCAGAAAUCAAGUAUGUCGAGAACUUUUGUCGGCUUGAUCCUACUCCCUAUUGUCGGCAAUGCAGUGGAGCACAUUACUGCUGUGACAGUCGCUAUGAAGGACAAGAUGGAUCUUUCGAUGGGUGUGGCUGUCGGAUCCUGCACACAGAUUUCUCUCUUUGUCGUGCCCGUUACUGUGAUCGUAGGCUGGAUAGCUGACAAGGACAUGACACUCAACUUCCCCCACUUUGAGAUUACAGUCUAUAUUCUUUCCAUUUUCACCGUGUCUAUCUGUCUUCUGGAUGGAAAAUCUAACUGGCUGCUUGGAUCUUUGCUGAUUACAACCUACGUUCUCAUUGCCAUUGGCUUUUGGUACGAAGAUGUAGUAGAUUUCUAA